UCUCUCUCUUUCUCCUGCUCUUUCUUAGAAGCCGAAAUAGCUCUCUGCUUUAUUAUCGUUAUUUUUGUGCAUUUUCUUCCACUGAAAAAUCUCCUUUCGUUUGGAUUGAAAACGGGGACAAAUUUUACUGCUUAUUGAACAUGGAAGCAUCGAUGAUUAGUAGCUCGGAAUUGACAGUCGAAGCUGAAAUGGAGGAGCGUUCGGAUCUUCGAAACUGCUCGGUAGCUUCUUCUUCCAAUUUUGAUCUGUCUAAGAAAAAGAUCGAGUUUCAUCCAGCGAGGAAGCCCUUUAAGGGAUUGGACGGUGGGGAUUUUAUAAUACAGACGCUAAACCCUGGGCUAGAUUCGAAGCGAGUAAACGGAGUAGGGUCUGAUCUAUCGGGUGUUACAGGAAGGAAGGUUGAUGGGACGGAUAUGUGGGAGAAUGGUUUGGAUCCAGUUCUCAGUUUGAAGAAUACUUUUCGUAAAAUUGGUGCUGGUUUGGAGAAUCUUGGAAACACGUGUUUUCUUAAUUCGGUAUUGCAAUGUUUGACAUACACAGAGCCUUUAGUAGCUUAUCUACAAAGCGGCAAUCAUCAAAAUUCUUGUCGAAUUGCUGGAUUUUGUGCCUUAUGUGCUAUCCAGAAACAUGUCAGGCGUGCUCUACAAUCAACUGGGAGGAUUUUAGCACCAAAUGAUCUGGUCUCAAACCUGCGCUGCAUAUCUCGGAACUUCCGAAAUUCUCAACAGGAGGAUGCACACGAAUACAUGGUAAACCUGCUAGAAUCCAUGCACAAGUGCUGCUUACCUUCAGGAGUAUCAAGUGAAUCCCCCAGUGCUUAUGAGAAGAGUUUGGUACACAAGAUCUUUGGUGGUCGUCUUCGUAGUCAGGUUAAAUGUUUGCAGUGUUCUUACGGCUCCAGCACAUUUGAUCCCUUCCUAGAUUUAAGUCUUGAAAUAGUUAAGGCUGAUUCCUUGCAUAAAGCACUUAAAAAUUUCACUGCUGCGGAGCUUUUAGAUGGAGGAGAGCGGCAGUAUCAGUGCCAACGAUGCAAGCAAAAUGUUCAGGCAACCAAACAGCUCACAGUUUACAAUGCACCACAUGUACUUACCAUCCAUCUAAAGAGAUUCUGGGCAUAUGAUUUCGGGCAAAAGAAUGACCGCAAAGUUGAAUUUGGUCGGACCUUAGACAUGAAACCGUUUGUCAGUGGUUCCAAUGAAGGAGAUUUGAAAUACACUCUUUAUGGUGUUCUGGUUCAUUGUGGAUGGAGCACUCAUUCUGGCCACUACUACUGUUUUGUUCGCACAUCAACUGGCCUUUGGUAUUCCCUUGAUGACAACAGGGUUGUCCAAGUCAGUGAGCAGACUGUUAUGGAGCAGAAAGCUUACAUGUUGUUCUAUGUUCGUGACAGAGAUAGAAGAAAUACUGCUCCAAUAAAAGCUAUUGAUAUUCUUCAGAAGGACAACUUAAAAGCAAAUGUUAACGGAAGGUCUGUUUUCAAUCAAAAUCUGAAAGAGCAUGUGCAGACUGGUCCUGUUGGUCAUAAGUUAAGUGCUUCAGGCUCUUAUGCUGCUAUGAUUCAAAAUGUUACUGCUAAUGGUAGCUUGUCAAGGGAAACAAUCAUGAAGGUAGUGCCAACUCAGCCAAAUAAUGCCCAGCCAAUGUCAGAAGACUCGGUGCUUAAGGAGUCUAUGUUACCCCCUUCCAAUGUACCAUUACAGGGCUCAUCACAAGCUUGUGCUUCAAACCUGGUUCACGGUGAAAACUUGCAAUCAUCAGCCUAUUCUGUGGUUGGCAAUGUUACUAAUACUGAAAAUUCAACCGUUACUACUGGUGUCAAAGAUAGUGACUGCCAUGAGAGGGGAAACUCUAAAACGGGUCUUGGAAUCCCAUUGACCAUAUUACCCGAUUGUGGUGGUCUCCAGAACACAGGCACUGCAACGAUUGUGAGUAAACAGACCUUGUUGAAGGUUAAUUUUGCUUCAAAGAUUGGGGUUUCAAGUACUGCUGCGCUAGAAGAUUUGGAAAAUAAAGCAGUGAAGAAAGUUCCUGGUGAAGCUCUAUCCAUGAGUACUGCUAAUGAAAAAUUGAAGGAUGUUCAGGCUACCAGGUCACCAGAUAAGCCAAACUGUGACAGUAGUCAGGUUGGAGAUGUUCCCUGCCACAGCACCAUUGAUAAGACACUAAACAAGAGGGGAGAUGAUAGUAGCCGAAAGAAUCUUUCCAAACCCCCUUGUAGCAUUCCCAAUGGAUCUUUGGAAACUCAAGCACCUGGAUAUGAUCCCAAUAAAAAGCCAAAGAAGAAGCAUCUCAAGUGUCAGCUUAAAAACAUGCAUAUUGGCGUAAGAUUAAAAUUUUUCAGGGCAUCUCUGCACAUACAGAGCAAGAAGAAACUUAAAAGGAGCAUGAAACGCACAAUAAAUGCUCAUGUUCGUAAAGAAAUUUUAUUGGAUAAAGAUUGUUUACCCUUAGAUCUGGGGCCAUCUACAUCCGAGAAUUCCAGCGCAAUCAGUUUGGGAAAGAAUCAUCGUAGGAGGAAAAAGCCAGCCAGUGGUACUGCUCUAAAAAGUGUUAACAACUCCGGUUCCUUGACGAAUAAUAUAAAUGGAGAAGUUAAGAAGAGGAUUUAUCAGAAUGGCACUGUUGCAAGUGAUAAACAAGCAGAAAGGAGUUCUGGCUCAGUUUUAGAAGCAAACUGGCAUAAUUCAAGAGAAGUGGAUUCUUUGAAAGAGGGAAGAAUAGAUUCAUCUUCAAAUAGGCAUGACCUUACCCAAGUUGCAAGAUGGGAUGAUAUGGGCAUAGCAUCACCGCUUCUGACCGAAGAAGCAAAUAUUAUGGAAAGUAAAGGAAUCGGUUACACUCCAGAUGAAUGGGAUGAAGAAUAUGACAGGGGUAAGCGGAAGAAGAUUAGGCAAAAUAAGCACAAGUUUGGUGGUCCAAAUCUUUUCCAACAAAUUGCCAGCAAGAAAACACAUUUUAAGAAGGCCGAGUUGAACCAUUCUAGUUCAGAAUACUGACCGUUCAGGACAUGAAAGAAAUCCUUUAUCGAAUUGGAGCAAUUUUGACUUCUGUCUACUGUUGUAGUUUACGAGUAAUUCUUGCUGUCUUGUUGAGAAUGAGCUAAAUUGUAAUUUGGAACCAGGAGAGUGUUUAAAGUGGAGAGAAACAAAAAAUCAACAUUAGAAUUCCCCACCCCCUUUUUUAUUUGUUUUUUGCCGGAAUUUCUUCACUAGGGAAAGAGAGAUGGAUAUCAUUGUAUGACCUUGGUUUUGGAACCACGGGCCAAAAGGACCUUUUUGUAAGUAAUAAAGAACUUGUGGUAG